AUGGCUGAGACUACACCUAUAUAUCUUCCCAACAACCUGCCGUAUCCACUGACCGUGGUGAAGGUGGGAGUUAGCGAGGGCGAGGAGAUCAAGCCACACACAUCAAUUGUUUACUACAAAUACUUCGACUUUGAGCCCGUGCCGUUAAGUGAGGAAGACGACUCGAAAAACGACGAGUCCGAGCGCAAAUUGAUCAAGGUGGAGUACGUUGGGUCUUUUGAGUGUCCUCUGGAAGGAACUGUGUCUGAAAUAAAUGUUAAAGUUGGAGAUAAGUUGAAAGACGCCUCUUCCAAGAUUGUUGAGAUCAUCGAACCAUGCAGCCAUUCGAUCCAAUACGGCGGUCUUUGUGCUCUUUGCGGCAAGAACAUUGAAGAGAUCGAUUACUCUGGUUUCAAUGACAAAGAUAGAGCUCCAAUUUCGAUGUCGCAUGGAACCACAAAUUUAAAGGUUUCUACAAGGGAGGCAGAGAACAUUGAGAAGAGUUCGACACAGCGAUUACUGAAAGAAGAGAAACUGUCGUUGGUGGUGGAUUUGGAUCAAACAGUGAUUCAUGCUACUGUGGACCCAACUGUUGGAGAGUGGAUGUCCGACCCUAACAAUCCAAACUACGAAUCCAUCAAAGACGUCAAGUCUUUCUCUUUGGAAGAAGAAGCCAUUGUGCCUCCCAACUAUACUGGUCCAAAACCUCCUCCGCAUCUGAGAUGGUACUAUGUGAAGUUGAGACCCGGAUUGCAGGAGUUUUUGGACAAAGUUGCCAAAUUGUACGAAUUGCACAUUUACACGAUGGCCACGCGUUCCUAUGCCAAAAAUAUCGCCAAAAUCAUAGAUCCUGAUGGAAUUUACUUUGGCGACCGAAUACUCUCGCGAGACGAAAGCGGGUCCUUGACGCAGAAGUCUCUGCAGCGGCUGUUUCCUGUUGACACAUCGAUGGUUGUUGUGAUUGACGAUAGAGGAGAUGUUUGGAAUUGGUCGCCUAAUUUGAUCAAGGUGAUUCCAUACGACUUCUUUGUUGGCAUUGGAGACAUCAAUUCGAGUUUCCUGCCUCGCCAAAGCACGCUUCUGGGACCGUCCAAGCGCAGACGGUCGGUGAACAAGCUGGAGGACCAGAUCAACAGUUUGAAAGCUCUCAAGGAGGCCGGUGCACCAGACGACGAGAAUGCCAUUAGCACGGAGGAUGAGGAAGGUUCAGAGAGCCCUGAAAGUUCAGAGAGUCCGGCAAGUCCAGACAGUCCCGAUAGUCCAGCUGAAUCUGUGAAAAGCGAAGACCAACCAAAGCAGACCGACGAGAAAAUCAACAUCCCGCUGCCAGAUGCUGGGUAUUCGCCUGUGGAUCGCAUGAUGGAGCUCGGUGAUGGUGAGGAUAACACUGAGCUGCUAGCUGCACAGGAAACAGAAAGAACCACCGUAUUGGAGCAACAGUUGCAAGACAGACCGUUAGCAAAGCUACAGGAGAAUCUUGACAAGAUCAUUGAGGAGGACGACGUGAAGGAGCACUCACCAACAAAAGAAGAACACAACCUGCUGUCCGACGAUGACAACGAGCUGGAGACGCUUGGCCAAGCGCUGGUGCGUAUUCACAACGAGUUUUUCUUCGAGGUUGAAAAGUCGAGCAAGAACCUGCCCGACGUGAAGGAUAUAAUGACGUCAAUGAAGCAGCUGGUUUUUGACGGGUUUGUGUUUUUGCUGAGCGGAGUUUUGCCGCUAGGAACGCCGCUGGAGACGGCCGACAUCGUGAUUUGGGCAAAGUCGUUUGGUGCGUCGUUUGUUGCAAACUACGGCAAGUCUGUGACGCACGUCAUUUGCAAGAAUCCCGGAACGUUCAAAGUUCGUCUUGCGAAAUCGAUCGAUCCGAACGUGAAGGUUGUGAAUCCGGACUGGCUGUUCAGCUGCAUAGCUCUGUGGGAGAAAGUUCCCGAGGACAAGUUCAUCAUGGAGGUUGAUGGACUUUUAUCAGAGAGCGAGGUGAACGCGUAUCUCAAGAGCCACAAUAUGAACGGCGACAAGCUGGAGGGCGAGAACCUGGACUGGGACGAGAUCGACGAGGAGAUGAAGGAGUUUCUGGGUUCUGACUACGACGAGGAGGACGAUGACGGCAACGAGGGGGACGAGAGUGUGCUAAAGAGAGAUCGGGAGGAGGACGAGGCCGAGACGUCUGGAAUUGAGAAAAAACAGAAGACCGAUCAGCCAGACGAGUCGGACAGCAGCAGCGACGACGAUUUCGAGAAGGAGCUGCUGGAAGACUUGGAAGGACUCGAGGAGUAG